AUGCAGUCACGUAACGGAGAAGAAACUAAAUAUUUCUUCAUAGUGAGCCAAUUCAGCCGAGAUCAACUGGUUCUUGAUAUUAAAAAUGGCAAGAAAAGUGGUAUUCUUAGAAUGGUGGAACCAGAACGCGGACGAUCAAGUCAGUUGUGGAGAUGGGAUGAGAGUUGUCGGCUGGUCAGCAAACUGGGCCUUGUGGCAGACAUCAAAGGUGCAAGUAAGAAGGAAGAAGCCGUCUGUCACGCCUGGAAAGCUCACGAAGGCCUAAGCCAAAAGUGGCGAGUCGAAAAAGCAGCCAUUAUGAGCAAUCUGAGUCAUCUCGUUAUCGAUGGUUCGCCUCCCAAUGCCCAGGUUUUCAUGAGAAAAUUCAACGAAGACAGUGAACACCAAAAAUGGCAUUUUGUUCCAGAAGUAGCGUGGGAAGAUUUCCAACUUUCACUACGAGAGCCGAACCUCCUUGCAAAGGCGCUGUUCUGGAAGAAUAUGGCUGAUAAUUAUCUUGAUGUCAUCAUAGGAUACAGCAUCGAAGAGUUCGAGGCCAGAGUCCGUAGAGCUUUCAAAGUUAUAGAUGAAUGUGCUUGCAGCCUUGAAGAAGUAACAAAGGGUACUGGUAUCGCAGGAACGGUCGGGGGAAGUGUGACUGUCGUUGGAGGUGGAGCUGUAAUAGCUGGUAUUUUAUUAUCUCCAGUUACAGCUGGUAUUAGUUUGGCUCUCACUGUAGGAGGAGGUAUCGGUGCGCUUACAGGAUCAGCUACCUCAUUAGCAUCAAACUUGGCACACGGCCAACUGGAUAAGCGCAUAAGAAGGAAAGUGAAUGAAGCCACAGCAUCUCUCUUCUGCACCACUUAUAGGUUCCACUCGCUAUUGGGAGAGUAUGGUAAAUACCUACAAGACGCAAAUGAGUUUUUAGAAAACCAGAAGCAUGAAACGUGCACAGAUUCCAUUGACGGAAAAGUUGUGGCAGUAAAAGAGAACACAUAUUUGGAGACGGCCAACGCGACUGGCAAAGUUGCUAAGAACAUUUACGGCCAUGCCAAGGAAAUAAAAAGGCUAGUUACGUUUAUUAAGGCCAAUGCUUUUGUUUACAGAGGAGCGGAUAUCGGAAUCUCCACAAGUGCUGCAGCACCAGGAGUUACCAUACCAGUGGUGGGCAAAACCCUUCUGCGCGCUGGAUCAACUGGUGCAAAGGCUCUUUCCGGAUCGCUGGCUGCUUUUGGAGUGCUGACUGGCAUCUUUGAUAUAUAUUCAGGUGCAAAGAAAAUACAAAGUUGCGGUGAAUUAGCGGAGGAAUUUCGCACCUCUUCUAAAACUUUGAGAGAAGAGGCCGAUAGACUAAUUUGCCUUUACAAGGAACUCCAUCGAGAUGAAGAGUGCAAGCAGUUGUGUGACUGAAAAUAAGCUCUUAGUGUUGGAAUGGAGACGAUUUUUCUUUCAGUAGUGUGACUAGAUCUCGAUAGUGCCAUCACGUAGAAUUUAAACAGCAACACUGCCCAGUUAGUCGAUUAAUGCAUGAUGAAUUUUGAGCAUCGCUAUCUUAUAACGUAACAACAGCACUAUAGUAUGGUAUAUUCCUUAUUCGAUGAUUUGACAUAAAGUUCACGCGGAUAUUUUUUUAAGUUCCGUAGUAUUUUCGCGAGCCCAGUAAGAACGUGGAAAAAUGCGACCGUUUUGCAAAAUGUUCGUUACAUUAAAUCGUAAAUCAUCGAGCAGCGAAGAAGUGUAAUUAAAUAAUCUAGAGAAGUAUGUGGUACUGAUUCUUGUAAAUUUAAUUGCACAUAUGACCGUAUCAUUUACGUAUAGUUGCGCUCAAGCCGCUCAUGAGAGGCGCCAAAACGAAUAACAGACUACGUUGAUUGACAUCUGACACAAGAUACAGCAUCAGAUAAGUAUCAUUACAAAUAGAUAGAAGGGAUCCGUAAUAAAACGCAGCUGGAUGACUGAUAUCAUAUAAGAGUAUAAAUAUAUCUUCAAAUGUCAUACUAGUAGGUUUGAAGAGAUCGUGCGUUGAAAAAAAAAUUACAAAGCUUAUAAGGCAAGUGCUUCCUAAUAGUUUUCAAGAAAUUGAUCUUCUUGUUCUUUUUCAUGAACUUACAUGUGAGAUGUAACUUUAUUUUUCGAUUGUUUUUUAUAAUCAUGUAUGUCAUGUAAACUGAUAUGAUUUUGAUGAGAAAGGUCAACCCCAUGAUCGCGCCGAUGAUCACUUUUUAAUUUAAAUAAGUUUGAUUUUUAUUCAUUUCCAUCAUUUUUUUGCCCAUCUGCUCCUAUUUCUUCCUGUUAGGCAGUUCAAGCACCCUUUCUGUUAGAAACGAUGAUGCCUCAUCCGGUUUUUGGAUAAAAAGAAAAAAUACCAUCCAGAUGUCAACAACCUCAGCCACCCUAAAAAAAUGUUUUUUUCCCACACUUGUUUUCUGGGCCUACAGGCAUACACUAAAGAACAAUUUUAAUUACUGAGUACCACUGCAAAAACAACAGUAACAACAGCAACAAGGAAGACAUCGAUAUU